GCUAUGGGCACGCUGCCCCGGGCACAGACGCCGGCAAAGUUUUCUGCAUGUUCUAUGCCAUUCUGGGCAUCCCCCUGACAUUGGUCAUGUUCCAGAGCCUGGGGGAACGCAUGAACACCGUUGUGCGGCUGCUGCUCAAGAAGAUCAAGAAGUGUCUGGGCAUGAGGACAACCCAUGUCUCCAUGGAGAACAUGGUCCUUGUGGGCUUUCUGUCCUGCAUGGGCACCCUGUGCAUCGGCGCCGCCGCCUUCUCCUAUUUCGAGGGCUGGACUUUCUUUCAUGCCUAUUACUACUGCUUCAUAACCCUGACCACUAUUGGCUUUGGAGACUUUGUGGCUCUGCAGAAGAACGAGGCUUUGCAGAAGAAGCCUCCAUACGUGGCUUUCAGCUUCAUGUACAUCCUGGUUGGCCUAACUGUCAUCGGCGCCUUCCUCAACCUGGUGGUGCUGCGGUUCCUGACCAUGAACUCGGAGGACGAGCGGCGAGACGCCGAAGAGCGAGCCUCACUGAGGAGAGCCCAGAACAACAUCCUCCUCAAGCCAAAAGAGGACAGCCGGAGCAGCAAUGCCAUUUUUCUCCCUGUGGAGGACAGGACGAGCCAGAUGAACCUCAUCCCGCUGGUGCGUGAGGACGCGGAGAGGCAGCGGCGCCAGUCGGCCAACUCGGCGGGCGCGGUGCCCUCCUUCUGCACUUGCCUGUGCUACAGACCCCAGCUGUGUGGCAGCCCAGUGCCCUCCCACCCCGAGACCCUGAGCUGCCACACCAACCCUGUGUAUUACAACUCCAUUUCCUACAAAAUCGACGAGGUGUCCCUGAGCACGCGGGGUCAGACCGGCUCUUCCCCAGGGAGCACUUUAUCAUCCAGCAGCCCUCGCUGCCGGCAGCACCCCCGGCUGCGGAGGAAAUCCAUCUAG